AGUGAUGUUGAUACAUCCAAAGCCAAUUGUACAAAAAGAAAGAAAGAUAAGCAAAACUCAGAGAAAAGGCAAGAUUUUUAAACUGGAAAGGAAAGACCUUUUUUUAUUUUUUUGUAAUUAUUUAUCAUCUCUUGGUUGCUAAUUCCAGCUCCAUUCAUGUUCAACUGAUCAGCCAUUUACCAUCUCUAGGCUUUUAGCUUCAACAUUUUGUGUUUUUACUCUUCCCUUUCUCUAUUUCUUUGGAAAUUUGGUUUUCUCUGCCUGUGAAAUACUUGUAGGCCGUAGCAGUGGCUUAACUUUUGAUUCUUCUGCUGGAUUUUUACUUUUUGCAAUACAUGAGCAAAAAAAACACUGUUUCGUUUUUUGGGGUGAUGAGGUUUUGUUGCUUUCCUGUAUUCCAUUCUUGUUUCUGUAUCUUUUCUAUUUCUUUACCAGAUUCUUCACCUCUGGUUUUUCCAUCGUAAAUCCUUUUCGGGUUUUUUUUUUAAAUAUUAGUUCCUUUAAAAAUUUUUUUUUAACACCCCCACAUGCAUGUUAUUGGGUUCGUCUGAUCUGGAUUGGAUCACAAGGAUCUAUCUUCAGAGAGGGGAAGAGGGGGUGGUGGGAUUUUGGUGCUCGAGUCUCUUUGUGCAGCAUCUUUGAGAAGAAGAAGGUGAGAUUUCUUGGCCUAUUGGAUCCUUUUCCUGCUUUGGACCAAGCAAAAUUCUUUGCUUGUACUUCUUGAGGAUAGCUGCAGUUUUCUCACUGUGUUAUUUUCUUGUGCUACCUGGGUGAAACUUGAACUGGGUCUGAUUCUCUUUUCGGGAAGAUUGCUAGUUAUUUCUCAUAUUGUCAUCUUGGCAGCCAGUUUUUGAACUGGGUCCAUUUCUUCUAUUAAAAAUUAAGUGGUUCAUGCGAGCAAAUGGUUGAUGGGUGUUGAUUAUGUUACCUCCUGUUUUUUUAGGUUAUAAUUUGGGGCGGUGAUUAGCAAUCAUAUUCAACGUUGGAUGAUAGAAUUGAGGUUUUGAUUGUGUAUGUUAUUGUCUGGUUUCAUCUUUAUAUACUCCUGAGGCAUGGCGGGGAUUGAUAUUUCAAAAUAUGUCCAUAGUUCUGUGCACAAGGCCAUUGCAACGAGAGAUUAUGCCACCCUCAGGAAGAUACUUGCUGGCCUUCCACGACUUUGUGACCCUGCUGAGAUUCGGACAGAGGCAGUUUCAUUGGUUGAGGAAGAGAAGGCUGAUACUAUCUCUGCAGUCAUUGAUAGGCGUGAUGUUCCAAACCGUGAUACUCCCCUUCACUUGGCUGUCAAACUGGGUGAUGAGAAUGCAACCGGGAUGCUUAUGGUUGCUGGUGCUGAUUGGAGCUUGCAGAACGAUCAGGGUUGGAGUGCACUUCAAGAAGCCAUUUGCAAUAGAGAAGAGGGGAUAGCAAUGAUCAUAGUAAGGCAUUGCCAGCCAUUGGCUUGGGCAAAAUGGUGUAGAAGGUUGCCCCGUUUGGUGGGGACCAUGCGAAGGAUUAGAGACUUCUAUAUGGAAAUUACAUUCCAUUUUGAGAGUUCUGUCAUACCUUUCAUUUCCAGGAUUGCACCUUCAGAUACGUACAAAAUUUGGAAGAGAGGUGCAAAUUUGAGGGCAGACAUGACUUUGGCUGGUUUUGAUGGUUUUCGGAUUCAGCGUUCAGAUCAGAGUAUCCUGUUCCUUGGCGAUGGGUCUGAGGAUGAGAAAGUCCCUCCUGGAUCACUUUGCAUGAUCUCACAUAAGGAGAAGGAGGUGAUGAAUGCUUUGGAUGGUGCUGGUUCUCCAGCAACUGAAGAGGAGGUUCGGCAAGAGGUGGCUGCAAUGUCUCAGACUAACAUAUUCAGGCCAGGAAUUGAUGUCACCCAGGCAGUUCUUUUGCCACAGUUGACUUGGAGACGGCAGGAAAAAACAGAACUGGUGGGCCCAUGGAAAGCAAAGGUCUAUGAUAUGCACAAUGUGGUUGUUAGCAUCAAAUCUAGAAGGGUUCCAGGGGCUAUGACAGAUGAUGAGUUCUUCUCAUCCUGCAAUGAGAAUGAAACAGAGAGUGAGGAGCUCAAUGACAUUUUGACCGAAGAAGAAAGAAGGCAACUAGAAGUUGCUCUUAAAUUGGAUUCAUCGGAAUUGACUAAUGAGAAUGGUGAUGGGAUUAUUGCUCAUCGUCAUAGCUGUUAUGAGCAUAGGGAGAUUCCUAUUGAAGAUGGGAAUAGUUGUAGAAAUGGAGAGACUAAGCAGGAAAAGAAAGGGUGGUUUGGCGGAUGGAGGAAACGGGAUUCUAAAGUUGAAGGGCAGAAGAAAAUUGUUCCACCAAGAAAUUCCCUUUGUGUUGAAGAGAAGGUGAGUGACUUACUAGGGGACUCUCCAUCUGGAAGUCAGACUAAACCAGGAAGGCAUUCUGUUGAGAUUGUUGUGAGGGAGGAGCACCGGAAAGGAAGAGAUACUAAGACAUCUGCUUCUUUGAGUACCGAGAGCAGUAAUCGGCGCAAGGAAGGAAGUCGUGAGAAUGAAUAUAAAAAGGGAUUGAGGCCUACUCUCUGGCUUUCACCAAACUUCCCAUUACAAACUGAGGAACUUCUUCCAUUGCUUGACAUCCUUGCAAAUAAGGUUAAGGCAAUUCGUCGUUUAAGAGAGCUGCUUACAACCAAACUUCCAUUGGGAACCUUUCCUGUGAAGGUUGCUAUCCCAGUGGUACCCACCAUCAGAGUACUGGUUACAUUUACCAAGUUCGAAGAAUUACAGCCACUGGAUGAAUUUGCAACUCCACCUUCAAGUCCUACAGCUACCGGACGAGAAAGUCCUGCAGCAAUACAGUCCUCAAGUUCAUCCUGGUUUCAGUGGAUGAAAGCUCCUUACCACCGCCCCGGCUCAUCAGCUGGUGGUUCUAGCAGUAGGAUAGGGAACAUUCAGGACCCAUUUGUUAUUCCUCCUGAUUAUACAUGGAUUUCAGCUGAAGCAAAGAGAAAGAAGAUGCAGGAGAAAAACAAAUCAAAGAAGGCAAAAAGUCAGAAUCAUUGAAGUUGGGAUUGCGAGCGAACCACAAUGUUAAAGAGGUUUAGCUUGUGCAAAGAACUCAGCAGGUACCAAAUAGGCAAUAGUGUUUCACAACACCAUGAAAAUUAUGACACUGUAACGGAAAAAUAUUGAUCCCAUUCAUUGAGGGAUAUUUGGUAUAUCAUUGUGGGUGUGUGGAUGUGGGGUUUGGCUGGAAAGAAAGGAAGAAAGGAAUGUUGUAGUUCUUACGACAAUUGCUCGCCUUGAUGGGUAGAUGUGUACACCAUUGAGAUUGCUUUGAUUCAUUUCCUUCUUAUAUGCGACUGAUUCGUUAAAUCUUACAAUAGUUACUGACAAAAAAUGUAUAUAUUAUGAACCUUCUCUCAUUUUCUUAA